AUCUACGACUACGACUACGACUACCGAUGACGCCGUGUCGAGACGCGCAGCUGGGGGGCUAUGGUACCUGGUUCCUAGCAAGAUGCGUACCCACAUCUCAAGUCCAUAGUCCCAAAGUGUGUAAGUCAUGUAAAGUACCGUACUCUCAAGUCUUGAAUUGCAAAACUAUGGGAUCGACUCGGUAUAAGUAAGAGACCUUUCCAUGCUUCAUCCUCAGGUUUGUCUUUCCGGAUCAUCCUCAUCAACUCAAAGCAAUUCAGAGCCAAUCAGACAAUUCAACACCACUUCCCCCAAUCUUGAUAUCAAGAUCACCUAUUCCAAUCCAAAGCUUGAUCCGAACAAUACCACCCACCAUUAAACCCUCAUCCAAACCAUCACAAACCCAAACAGCCAAAACAAUCAUGUCCGGAAUGCACUCCACCUUCUCCAGUUCCAUCACCGGCGACAGCCGCCACAGCUACGCCCUCCUCUCCGCGAUACAAGAGGGUUCAAAGGUCUCUUCUUCUUCCGCCGCCGCCUCCUCAUCCCCCUACCAAAAGGAGGCAGACGCCGCCUCAAUGUCAAGCUUCGGCAGCUCCGCGUCCCUCCUCAAGAGCAAACUGAGCAAGCACUCCGCCGGCUCGGCAAGAUCGUCAUCAUCAUCAUCUAAAAAGUCUUCAUCCCUGAUUGCCCGCCAAAGGGCCGCCGAGGACGCGAAUACGCAAAUCAUGUACUCGCAGGCUGCAUACUGGCCCUCCUCUAUCCGCACCGACUUGUAAAAGAGUCAUCUUGGCAAGAGCAGACCAUUGGAUAUACGGAAGCAUGAGAAAAAACCAAAAUGGAACGCGGCGGCGGGAGAAGGAAAUGGUGCCGCCGCCAUGUUUGUAUGAUGGGGCUUACAGGAGUUUCGGGAGUUGAUUUGUUACUAAUUAGACGGCCGCGCUGAAACAGUAGCCAUUUGGAUGGGAUCUUUCUGGGUUCAAAUAUUUCUUAGGUUCUUCGACAUCUGCAACAUGGCAAAUGGCCGAAGCAACACAUGUU